UGAUCAUCAGCGCAUAAAGGACUGCCUGACAAUCCGCAAUGUGAAUUUCAUGACCGUAUGCUCAACGUCGAAGGUAUCUCCAGAGGGCUGGAUGGCGUGCCUAUCUCGAAUGCCGUCCUCGGUGGUCAAAUAUGAGCAUGAGACAAUAUGACAACCCCAGAUACAACAACCCGCGUACGAAAAAGUCGCAGCAGAGGGAUCAGAACGAAAACGGGCUGUCUGACUUGUCGGAAACGCCAUCUGAAAUGCGAUGAACUCAAGCCUCGCUGCGGACUUUGCGCCAGAAGCGACAAGAUUUGCCAUUAUCCGGAGAUCUCUGCUCGUGCGCAGGAUGGCAGAGGCAGCGAUAUUCAACGAUCGGCCCCUGACCCGUCUCCGCAAGCUUCGUCGGUCGAUGACUCAACCGGCUCGAAUGCUACGGGAGAAGACGGUCGGACAGAUCAGAGUCAAGACUUCUGGGACAGAACUCUGAAUGACGCCAAUAUGGUGAAUCAGAGCUACAGCUUCUUCCCCUCACGAAGUGACAAUUUUCCACCGACGGGAAUUGGCGAUGUUGGCCCCCAGAGACACUCGCCACUUCAGACCCAAGGCCACGAUAACCGACAGCCCUCUGGAGAAGACCCUCCUUCCGUUUGCAACAAUCCCCAACUCGCACCGCUCCAGGCAACAGACCCGGUUGGUAUCAGUCCUGAUGCCGGGACAGACAUAUCAUUUGGCUCUGUGAUUGAUGUUGCAACUGCACGGUGGUUUGGAAUGCUGGCGAAUGAUGCAGACUUUGGAACCAUGAACACUGACGGGCACGGCACGCUGGGAAGUCAGUGUCCAACGUUGGGUGCUGUGCCCGACAUAUCAAAUUUCCUGGACAUGUCAGCAGAAAGACCAAGCUGGGCUCUCUUUACGGAUGGCGUCCUAGGGCAAAUAGGGCCCGCCUCGGACCAAGCAACUUCACGACCAUAUGCAACAGAUCGUGCCUUAUGGAAAUCGCCUGACGCAAUCUUGUUGCAGGACACCGAACAACAUUUAUUCGAGGUCUUCGUGAACCGAAUCAGCUCCUGGAUAGAUUUAUUUGACCCAUUUCGACAUUUCUGCACCCUGGUUCCACGUCUGGCCAUGUACAACGUUGGACUGCUUGCUGCAAUCUUGGCGCUUUCGGUUCGAUACCUGUCUCUUAACCCGGCCUUCGCCAACGGAAAUAUCUACAGACGGCAUGAUGCAUUGCGAUACUACCAUGAAAGCCUACACUAUGUUCAAAGUGCGAUGCGACACGGUUCGUAUCUCACAAGCCUCGAACUUCUUGCCACGGCGCUGAUAAUCUCGGCCUAUGAAAUGCUGGACGGCUCCCGUAAGGAUUGGGAGAAGCACCUGCAGGGAGUCUUUGGCAUUCAACGUUCUCAGGUCAUCCACGGUGAUACAGGCGGUCUGAGGGCCGCUGUCUGGUGGGCGUGGUUGCAACAAGACGUUUGGGCAGCUUUUCGAGACAAGCGUAAAACCUUCACAUUCUGGAUACCCGUGAGAACACUGGACGAGAUGAAUCCUUGGGAAGUUGCCGCAAGAUCUUUCUUCUUGAUGGCCAAGGUGAUCAAUUACUGCUCGGAAAUCGAACAGUCGGGGGAAGGAAACAAUAUACAAGCGAGAAUCAACGCUGCCGAGCGUUUGGAGUCAAUGCUCGAUGACUGGAAGCGACAUCUCAGCAUUGAAUUCACUCCUCUGCCCACACAGCGAGUGGCGGUCGGAGGAUGUGUGUUCAAACCUCAAUGGACUCAUCCGGCUAUGUUUGGGGUUGCCAUGCAGAUAUACAAUGCCGCGCAAAUCCUGCUCAUCCUCCACAAACCCACGAUCGGGGGGCUCAAUUCCUCUAUACGACGGCAAAGACAAUUGGACAGACACGUCGAAGCCAUCGGUGGUAUCGCCAUUACUCUGACUGAUUAUGGAUCUAGCGUUGCUUCGUCCCAGUGUCUUUUCAUUGCUGGAAUGUGCACAUCUGACGAACGUAAACGGCAAGAAAUCCUCAGACUCAUUGACCUGUGCAGACAGAGGACUGGCUGGCCAGUUAACCCGAUGGAGGGAGACCUCAAAGCCAUUUGGGAUACUUCUGAGCCUUGUUGAGGUGUUUCAACAUCGGACUGAAGCCCUUCCAGCCAGUCGAAGAAUAGUCAUAUAUUUCAUGCCUUACCAGCAGACCCGCACACUUCCAUCCAUUUCAUUGUGAGAUCAACAGUCUUCUUGACACCUUGUUCCAUCAGGAUUGUCUGGGGGAUUUUGCCUGCAUUAGCAGCUAGAUGCCCGGAGUAAUCGUCAAGGACUAGCUUGUUGACAUUAAUCUUGGUGACGCCGGCCACAAUGCAACGUUUCAUCAAUUCCGGUGAGAAGCCAUUCGUGCCAUGCAGAGCGAUCUUAGCUUUCCCGCCCAUGUGUUCUCGGAUCUUGUUCAGUCUGCGGAGUCAGUCUUGUCUACUGAACGCUUCUAAUGCUGUGACCUCACCGAUCAAAAUCCAAGUUAGGACCCUGGGGUCCAUACUCUCCGUGGACGUUCCCAAUUGCUGGGGCAAGAACAUCGACGCCUGUGGCUAAAAACUCAUCGGUCUCCUCGAUUGUAGUCUUCAUUCCUUCUAAGCCGGCUGUAUCCAUCACGCCAUCCUCACCCCCUUCGAUUCUGC